CGUGGUAGCGGGGAGCCGCAAAGCGAGGGCCAACCGGCACGGCAGGCGCACGCAGCUCCAGAACCGCAGCCGCUGGGUAGAAGAGAGGCACGCAUCGGGCAACAACCCGCGGCUCCAUCAGGGUGAUUACCUUCUGCCGUUGCUCCUGCUGGCCGGAUUACACUCAAGCUGGACAUGUCGGCCACCGCUGGAUACGACUACGACUACGCGCCAGUGUACAAGCCGACUACUGCGCCCCUGGACCAGUCCAACGGACACGUGGCGGCCAAUGGCGCGCGGCCGGAGGACGAAGUGGCCCCGGGGGAGGGUGCCGUGCAGCUCAAGCGCCGUGUGGGGCUCCUCAGCGGCGUGGCACUCAUUGUGGGAACCAUGAUCGGUUCUGGCAUCUUCGUCUCACCAAAGGGCGUUCUCGAGCGGUCCGGCUCCGUAGCGCUCAGCCUGAUCGUGUGGGCCGGCUGCGGCAUCCUCUCCCUCUUCGGUGCGCUGUCGCUGGCCGAGCUGGGCACCAUGAUCCAUAAGUCCGGCGGCGACUUCAUCUACAUCCUGACGGCAUUUGCGGGCGAUCCUCCUGCGCGCGGUGGGAUAAAGCCCGUGCCGGCCUUCCUGCAUGCCUGGACCACCGUGCUGCUGCUCAAACCGGCUGGCCUGGGAAUCAUGGCGCUCAGCUUCGCUAAGUACCUCGUGCAGCCAGCCUUCCCCGAGUGCGGAGACACGCCUCCCGUGCCUACCAAGAUGGUCGCCGCUGGAUGCAUCUGCCUGGUGACGUUCGUCAACUGCUUCAGUGUGAAACUGGCAACUCGCAUACAGAACAUCUUCACCGUCACUAAGCUCGUGGCCGUGGCUGUCAUCAUCAUCGCUGGCGUAGUCAUGAUAGCCAAAGGCCACACGCAGUACCUGGCCACUGGUUUUCAAGGGACUACCUCCUCGGUGUCUGACAUUGCCACUGCAUUUUACUCCGGACUGUGGGCUUACGACGGAUGGAAUAACUUGAACUACAUCACGGAAGAGUUGAUCAACCCAUACGUCAACCUGCCUCGCUCCAUACUGAUCGGCAUUCCCUUGGUGACUCUGUGCUACGUCCUCAUCAACGUGUCCUACAUGAGCGUCAUGUCUGCCACCGAACUGCUCGCCUCUGAAGCCGUCGCUGUGCGGUUCGGCAAUCACGUGCUGGGGCCAGCGGCAGUGCUCAUCUCACUCUUCGUUGCCGCCUCCACGUUCGGCUCUGGCAAUGGGACCACAUUCACCACGGCCAGGAUUGGUUUUGUGGCUGCUCGGGAGGGUCACCUGUCUGAAGUCUUGUCGUACGCGCACGCACGGAGACUCACCCCUGUUCCAGCACUGGCUCUCAACUGUGCUCUGUCCAUCUGCAUGGUGUCAUUGGCUGAUAUCGGCAGCCUGAUCGACUUCUUCAGCUUUGCGGCGUGGAUGUUCUACGGUGCCACCAUGCUAGCCCUCAUCAUCUUGCGCUGGACCAAGAAGGACGCCCCGAGGCCCUACAAGGUUCCUAUCAUUAUUCCUUGGAUCGUGUUGGUACUGUCCAUAUACCUGGUAGCGGCACCCAUAAUCCAGAACCCACAGGUGGAGUACGUCUACGCCUGCCUGUUCAUCGUCUCGGGACUCCUUUUCUACGUGCCAUUCGUCCACUACAGGCUUAGGCUUGGCAUAAUGCGAAAAUUCACGAUUCUUCUACAGUUGAUGCUCAACGUAGUGCCGACAACGUACAAAGAUAUGGGCCAGGACUAAGACACGACGGCGUCGUCCCACGUGAACGAAGAUGUCCCUCCCUUGCACAGUUCUCCCGGUGCAGCACAGGAUGGCAGGGGGCAAGCGUUGACAGUGCGGAUGGCGUCCACAGGACAUUAGUGGGCACGGGACGACGACUCUGCGUGCGUGACUGUGAAACAGGGCGUGCCUGCAAUGGACUCUUCCGAGUGUGGUGUCUGUUAACCGGUGACGUAAAGUGGUGCUCAGACAUGCGUUUCGUCUCAAGAACACAAAUGAUCUAGCAGCUAUGCCGUGAGCCCGAGAUAUACAUAUAUAUAAUUUUUAAAAUAUUUGUUCCCACCUUACGAAACAAAUCAUUUCUUUCCCACCAUUAUACCCAAUGACUUCUCCCCUUUUUUUAUAUAACCGUGCACGCCACGCUACGUACAAAGCAAUCACAGUGGCCAUUGCCUGCGCUGAACAGGUUUUCGUGGAACUGUACAGAACGGAGUCCUUUGAAAGGUCCGUCCUUCCCGCGCUGCUCUUUUCAAACACUGUAAAAACAAACAAACAAAAAAGGAAGAGAGAAGCGGCUGCUGCAGCUGGACUGAAUUAAAGUUAUGGCCAUAUUUUA